AUGGACUCUUUAGUAAGGAAGAUCAUCAAGGACAAUGUGAAUCUUUAUGGAGUGUUGGGAGUAGAUAAAUCUGCAUCUUUACAGGAAAUUCGUCGAGCCUAUCGGAAACAAGCAUUGAUACAUCAUCCUGAUAAGCAAACUUCUCGGAAUAAAACUACCACAUCGUUGCAGUCCUCGUCAUUAUCAUCAUCUUAUUCUUCUUCUUCUCCUUCAUUGCUGUCAUCUUCAUCGAAUGCACUAGAUAAUUCACAAUUUGACCUUAUUCUCACAAGUUUUCAGAUUCUUUCUGAUGAGCUGCUACGACAACAGUAUGAUACUUUGAUAGAUGCAAGGGCCCAGCGAGGACAGCGUCAAAGAAAUGUCAACGAUUUGAUUUCAAAGUUUCAGAAUGAUCUACUAAAUGCCGAAAAAGGAUUGGGAAAGAAACGAUAUACAAAUAUCGAACUAUUACGACAAGAUGGACUCAAGCGUAUGCGAUUACACGAGGAAAAGAUAUUGAAUAAUUCUAACAAACAACAUAAAGCUACUACAGCUACUGAAAAUAGGCUUUCAUCGCCAUCGCCAUCACCAUCAACAUCACUAUCACCAUCAUCAACAGCAACAACAACAACAAAAUCAACUACAACUAUUGAUGAUUUUCCAUUACCAAGUAUGCUUCAAUUUCCGCCACCCAUGGAACAAAGGUUUUGUGCUAUACUAAAGUAUAAAAACAAAGAAGGAGUUAAUAUGGAUGAAUCAGUUCUUGGCGAGAUUAUGGAAAUUUUUGGUCCUAUAAAGAAGGUGACUUUACUCACAAGCGAUGACAGAUAUGCAUAUGCAACCAUCGAAUACAUUAACUCCUCAAGUUUCCAUAAGGCACUUAAAUAUGAUUACUCAACAUCUCUGGCAUGGGAUGGUACUAGAGUAAAGAAAUUAGCAAGUCUUUUGAGAUCAUUAGUCAAGAGCAACGACAAUUUACGCGAAGAAGGGACAACUGAAAAGUCCUGGACUAACAGUACCAUAGUGAACAAAGUACUAGAAAAUUAUGUUGGAUCCGUAUCUGACAAUACCGCGUCGUCAACGGCAUGA